CCUGCUUCAAGGAAAAUUGUAUCGUCCAUGUUUUCUUCUCUACAAAGUCCAGCCGCCUGCCAGUGGCCAAGCUGAGGGUCCCCAGCUCAGCGAUGGACUCGGACCCCUACGCCAGCAUGCAGAUCGGCAUGCGAGUGGUCCGUGGGGCCGACUGGAGGUGGGGAAACCAGGACAACGGCGAGGGCAACCUGGGGACCGUGGUGGAGAUUGGCCGACAAGGCAGCCCAGCAACCCCCGAUAAAACCGUGGUGGUCCAGUGGGAUCACGGGACUCGCACCAAUUACCGGACCGGCUUCCAGGGAGCAUAUGAUCUUCUGCUGUAUGAUAAUGCACAGAUAGGGGUCCGCCACCCUAACAUCAUCUGCGACUGUUGCAAGAAACACGGCAUUCGCGGAACGCGAUGGAAGUGCAAAGUCUGCUUCGAUUACGACUUGUGCCUGCACUGCUACAUGAGCAACAAGCACGACCUCUCCCAUGCCUUCGAGCGCUACGAAACCGCCCACUCGCAGCCAGUCGCUGUAAGCCCACGACAGAAUUUGACACGCGUUGCUUUAAAGGGGAUAUUUCAAGAUGCAAAAGUCGUCCGGGGACCUGACUGGGAAUGGGGAAAUCAAGAUGGUGGUGAUGGCAAAAUCGGCCGUGUGGUGGAUAUCCGUGGUUGGGAUGUGGAGACGGGGCGGAGCGUGGCCAGUGUCACCUGGGCCGAUGGUACUACCAACGUCUACCGAGUCGGUCACAAAGGGAAAGUGGACCUAAAAUGUAUCACAGAAGCAUCUGGGGGGUUUUAUUACAAGGAGCAUCUUCCUAAAUUAGGCAAGCCAGCCGAGCUGCAGAAAAAGGAGAGCACGGAGGGGCACCCAUUCCAGCACGGGGACAAGGUGAAAUGCCUGCUUGACAUUGACAUUUUGAGAGAGAUGCAGGAGGGCCACGGAGGCUGGAACCCCAAAAUGGCCGAGUUCAUUGGCCAGACAGGAACAGUGCACAGGAUCACAGAUCGAGGAGACGUGAGGGUCCAGUUCAACAACGACACUCGUUGGACGUUUCAUCCCGGAGCGCUGACCAAGCUUAACACCUUCUGGGUUGACGAUGUCGUGAGGGUGAUCGACGACAUGGAGACAGUGAAACAGCUGCAAGCCGGUCACGGAGAAUGGACGGACGAGAUGACAGCGAUCCUGGGCCACAUCGGUAAGGUGAUCAAAAUCUUUGGGGAUGGAGAUUUGCGAGUGUCCUUUGCUGGCCAGUCCUGGACCUUCAACCCAGCCUGCUUGACAGCCUAUCAAAGAGAGGAAGACGCAAACCUUAUGACCACUCAGGACACCCGGGAGUCGAAAAGUUCCUUGGUUUCCGUGGUGGGACGGUUACUCUCCCAAAAAAUCGAGGCCGACAGCCCAGGCCGCCUGGUGGUUGAGGCAGCUCACGGAAACAUCGGCAAAGUUCGGGACUUGAUUCAGAAAUAUCCUGACAAGGUGGAUGUGCAGAACCAGGGCAGGACCGCCUUGCAGGUGGCGUCGUACGUGGGGCAGAUGGAAGUGGCCAUGCUCCUGCUGCAAGCUCACGCAAAUGUCGACCUGUGGGAUGAAGAAGGGGACACAGCCCUUCAUUACGCAGCCUUCGGGAAUCAAGCGGACAUCGCCCGGCUCUUGGUCAGCAAAGGCGCCAACCCGAAUCUUCUGAACACCGCCAGGUGCACGGCCUUGUACGUCGCGGUCAACAACGGCUUCACGGAGGUGGUGAAGGCCUUGUGCGAAAACAACUGCGAUGUUAAUUUGCUGGGUUCUUCGGGCGAGACCCCCCUCCACUACGCCAUCACUGCCGACUUCAAAUGCAUCAUCGAAGCCCUCACUGAGGUCCCUGGCAUUGAUUUUACCAUCCAGAAUCAACAAGGGUUCAACCUGUUGCACCACGCAGCCCUAAAAGGAAACAAGCUAGCGAUCAAGAAGAUCCUCGCAAGGGCUCGGCAGCUGGUGGACGCCAAAAAGGACGACGGGUUCACGGCUCUGCAUCUGGCUGCCCUCAACAAUCACAAGGAGGUGGCCGAGAUUUUAAUCAAAGAGGGCCGCUGCGACGUCAACCUCAGGAACAACCGCAACCAGGCGCCCCUGCACCUGGCCGUCACCCAGGGCCACCUGGAGAUGGUGCAGCUGCUGGUGAGCGAAGGCGCCGACGUCAACUCCGAAGACGAGGACGGCGACACCGCCAUGCACAUUAUCCUGGAGAGGGAGCAUCUGGUGUCUGUCCUGGUUGAGGAACAGCCGGGCCGGGAAGACAGCCUGUUCUCCAAGCUCCAGGCCUCCGGUUUCCUCGGCAACACCCAGCUGAACGUGGGAACCGCCCUGGCCUGCUACCUGGCCCAGCAAGGGGCCGACGUCCACUAUGCCAACCACCGGGGCAAGUCUCCGCUUGACCUCGUCUCGGACGGGAGCAUCGCGCACCUCAUCCAGACCUUCUCCCAGAAAUACAGAGAGCAGCAGGAAUCCUCCUCGGACAGCUCCACCACGACCAGCAGCCUGAGGAGAGUCCACACCACCCCUAACACCAUGACGAACCUCAGCGUGCCAAAAGUGGCGGCCCCCUCGGAGUGCCUGGUUUGCUCGGAACUGGCGCUGCUGGUCCUCUUCUUCCCCUGUCAACACAGCAUUGUGUGUGAAGAAUGCUCCAGAAGGAUGAAGAAGUGCAUCAAAUGCCAAGUCACGAUUACCAAAAAGUUAAAACAAGACAACUCUGAAGUGGACGGUGGGUCGGGCCCCGAGGUGACCAACCAACAGAAGCUCAUGGAGGAUUUGCAGAGCCGCUAUCGGCAGAUGGAGGAGCGGAUCACCUGCCCCAUUUGCAUCGACAGCCAGAUCAAAGUGAUCUACCAGUGCGGACACGGCUCCUGCCAAGAGUGCGGCGUGUCCUUGAACGUCUGUCCCAUCUGCCGACAGGCCAUCCGCGAGAGGAUCCCGAUUUUCGUUUGA